GCGGGCUCCGGAGAAGGAGGAGGACGAAGAGGGGGAAGAUGGCGGCGCCUGGCCUGGCCUGAGGCCUGGUCUGUGUCUGUGAGGCGGGAAGGAAGGAGGGCGGCGGAGGGAAGAGGACGGAGAGGCCGAGAGAGAGAGAGAGGACAUGAGAGUUCUCUGGAGCCACCCCUGCCGUGAUGGGAAACGAACCAGCUUCUAGUCGAUAUUAAGGCAUUUGGAAACCAAAGUGCAAUAAGGAAACCAGUCCUCUAGGAAAAAGGAUUCCUCUCAAGGGGCUGAUCUUGCUGAAUUCCUACAUUCACUUUGGAUUGUAGAGUAGAACCAUAGAAGAGACUGCAUGAGGCACCCAGUCCAGGCCUCCGCCGUGCAAGGAAAGCGCAAAGUACCCCUGACAGAUGAGCAUCUAGCCUCUGUUUAAAAGAUUCCAGAGGAGCCUCCACUACAUUUUGAGGCAGAGAGUUCCACUGCUGAACAGCUCUAACCGUCAGGAAGUUCUUAACAUUCAGAUGGAAUCUACUUUCCUGUAAUUUGAACCCAGUGCUGUGAGUAAUCAGAAAGGGAAAAACGAGAAUCAAGUGUCCUUAUUGGAAUUAAAUAUACAUAACACUGCUGACAUGGAGGAGAAAGUAUAUAAAUGUAUUGAAUGUGGAAAGAACUUUAGUCAGCAUGGAAAGCUGAAGACACAUCAAAGGAGUCACACUGGGGAGAAACCCUAUAAAUGCCUGGAGUGUGGACAGAGCUUCACUCAGAAGGGAAAUUUACAUACACAUCAGAGGACUCACACUGGGGAGAAACCCUAUACAUGCCUGGAGUGUGGACAGAGAUUUACUCGUAGUUCAAGUCUACAUUCACAUCAAAGGAGUCACAUGGGGGAGAAACCCUAUAAUUGCCUGGAGUGUGGACAGAGCUUCACUCAGAGUUCAUGUCUACGUUCACAUCAAAGGACUCACACUGGGGAGAAACCCUAUAACUGCCUGGAGUGUGGACAGAGCUUCACUCAGAGUUCAGGACUACGUUCACAUCAAAGGACUCACACUGGGGAGAAACCAUAUAACUGCCUGGAGUGUGGCCAGAGCUUCACUCAUAGUUCAGACCUACGUAGACAUCAAAGGACUCACACUGGGGAGAAACCCUAUAACUGCCUGGAGUGUGGACAGAGCUUCAGUGAUGGUUCAAUUCUACGUUCACAUCAAAGGACCCACACUGGGGAGAAACCAUAUAAAUGCCUGGAGUGUGGACAGAGCUUUACUCAGAGGGCAGGUCUACAUUCCCAUCUAAGGACUCACACUGGGGAGAAACCCUAUAAAUGCCUGGAGUGUGGACAGAGCUUCUCUCAGAGUUCAGGUCUACGUUCACAUCAAAGGACUCACACUGGGGAGAAACCAUAUACAGUAGAGUCUCACUUAUCCAACAUAAACGGGCCGGCAGAACGUUGGAUAAGUGAAUAUGUUGGAUAAUAAGGAGGCAUUAAGGAAAAGCCUAUUAAACAUCAAAUUAGGUUAUGAUUUUACAAAUUAAGCACCAAAACAUCAUGUUAUACAACAAAUUUGACAGAAAAAGUAGUUCAAUACGCAGUAAUGCUAUGUAGUAAUUACUGUAUUUAUGAAUUUAGCACCAAAAUAUUACAAUAUUUUGAAAACAUUGACUAGAAAAAUGCGUUGGAUAAUCCAGAACGUUGGAUAAGCGAGUGUUGGAUAAGUGAGACUCUACUGUAAAUGCCUGGAGUGCGGACAGAGCUUUACUUGUAGUUCAGGUCUACGUUCGCAUCAAAGGACUCACACUGGGGAGAAACCCUAUAACUGCCUAGAGUGUGGACAAAGCUUUGCUCGGAGUGGAGCUCUACGUUUACAUCAAAGAACUCACACUGGGGGGAAACCAUAGAAAUGCAUGGAGUGUGGACAGAGCUUUUCAUGAAAUAACAUUAUACAUAGACAUCAUAGAAUUCACCCUGGAGAGAAUGGUGUUAAUUGACCCCAGAAUGUCAUUCUAACGCAUAGAAAAGCAACUCUUGCAAAUUUUGGAAAUGCAAGCUCAAAGUUGGGACAUUUCAUCACAUGUGGUGUAUUGUAGAAAGAUUGAACUAAAAUACAGUGUUCCCUCACCUAUUGCGAGGGUUAGGUUCCAGGACCAACCGCAAUAAGUGAAAAUCUGCGAAGUUGGGAUGCUAUAUAUUUAUACAUUAUUUUAGUAGUUAUACAGUAUUUUAAGCCUUUAUAAACAAAUCGUGUGUUGAUAAAUUGACUCCUUCAUCCGUUGCUGCUUGGGCUCCUUUUCUCUCCCUUCAGCUUCACCUUCCUCCCUUCCUUAGGCUGUAAAUUGUUAUUUUUUAUGAUUUGUAAUAGUCUUUGAGAGUUUAUUGAAAAACCACGAAACAGCGAAUCCGCAAACAGUGAACCGUGAAGUAGUGAGGGAACUCUGUAUGUUCCAUUCUGGAAGUAAUUACAUUAUCUAAAGGGAGUAGAAUAAUGAGAAAUAAAAAUUAACAGAUUGAAGCUUUUAGGCACGUAUCCAUGUCUGUUUGUUAGUUCAGUUGUGUGUCUAGGUAGGUAACUGCUUUGUUAGUCUGUUUGUUUCUGAUUUAGUUUUGUAUCUCAUGUAGUAGUUAGUGUAGUUGAAGAAUUAUAUAUCAUUUCUGCCUUUUUGGUAUUGUUGCUUUUAAUAUCUCUUUAUUUUUUAUUUUUGUCAAAAAAAGGGGGGGAUUUAUAAGGGUCAAAACGGCUGAAACUGGAGGGGUUGGUAGACAUGGUUUUAGCCCAAAAUGGGGUUUAAUGUUGAAUCUGGAGCGCCUUUGAACAUCAUUCCUUCCUCUGUGUUGGUGGCAUGGGUUUGGAUUCAAUUGUCUUCCUUCAGACAUUAUUAUUCCUAUUAUGCUUUACACAACAUGUAUUCACUGCUUUGAUCACCAUCUAUUCUUUUUGACUAUCUUGUCUAUCCCCCAAACCCUUCCAGUGUGUUCUUAUGGUCAUCAGGGUUGUGUGUGCUAAGUUUGGUCCACAUCCGUCAUUGGUGGGCUCUCUGGAUGCAGGGUGAACUACAACUCUCACACGUGUGGGUCGGUCCCCAAAACCCUCCAGUAUGUUCUGUUGGUUCUGGGGUGUCUGUGUGCCAGGUUUGGUCCUGAUCCGUCAUUGGUGGGCGUUGCAGAUCCAACGUCAGCUAGAUUCAGUGCUCUCGGGAUAAGGGUGAACUACGACUCCCACAUGCCAAGGUCAAUCACUCCCAAACCUCACCUGUAUGCACAGUUGGCCAUGUUGGGUCUGUGUGCCAAGUUUGGUCGAGAUCCGUCGUCCGCUUGUUUUGUUCUGAGCCCAAAGGGUUCCUGUUCUUUGGAUGUCGAGUGUUCAGGGAAGAGUGAGGUCUGUGAGAUCCAGGAGGCCCUUCAGAGACCACGUCUGGUUGCUUUGCUGGGAAGUCAUGCAAACACGUUCACACAAACGGGAAGGUCGGAAGAUUUGGUUCAUACAGAUUUGAAGUUAAUAACUUUUAAAAAAUAGAAGAUAAAAUUUGGAAACUUGAAUUAUUAAGUCUGGAGUUGAAAACAUGACACAAUUCAGACAGUGGUUUGUGACACAACAACAACACUUCUAGUGAACUACAGCUCCCACCAUGGUGGGUCAGUUCCCCCCAAACCCCUCCAGUAUAUUAAGUUAGUCUUGGUGGUUCUGUGUGCCACGUUUGGUCCCGGUCUAUUGUCGGUGGUGGUCACAGUGUCUCUGGAUGCAGGUGAACUAUAAAUCCCAGUAUCUACAACUCCCAAAGCCUACCAGUCUUCCAAAUUGGCCAUAUCGGGUAUGCUUGCCAGGGAUAUCUUACCGUUGAUACACAAGCACCCAGGCCGUUCAGGAGACUUUUAUCCCUCCCAGCUACUUGUGGAUACUCAUUCAGCUACAACUGACAAUGUUGCAAAGUUUUGUGCGUACAAAGUCCGCCAGGGGAUGAUGGGUCCCAAAAGUGACCCAUGUCUCCAGUAAUCAUCUCUCUUGGUUCUAUAACUGGCUGAUGGACCUCUGCGUUGUAUGUUUUUGCCCUGUUUCCCCUUCCACUACUCCCCGCCCUCCCCCCGGUUAUUGUGCUUUAGUAUCUUUAUAUUUUAAAUGUACUAAACGUACCAAGUUUGUAUGUAACUGUGACCUUUAUUUCCUGUGCUGGUCUAUGACCGAAAUAAAUGUGAUUUGAAAUUUG